UGAAAAAGAAACGCGUGGCGUGGCAAAGCACUUGGCAUGCAAAUCGGACCGAAAUGGAAGCUCUUCCUCACAUUCGCUGUUCCCUCUCUCACUCCAAACACCAAAACAAAGAACCCCUCCAAAUCUUUGGAUCAAGAACACUUUCUCUCAAACCCAAAUUUCUCUUCUUCUUUGCAGAGUUGAUUUCUUCACAUAAACUCCACCAUUGUUCAAAACCAAAACACGGCAAAGAGAGGACAAAACAAGCUGGGAUUUUCCGUUCCUUUCUAUCACUCUUGUAUUUUUUUCACUUUUUUAUUUUGCCUCUCCUCUCUUUUCCACAUUUUCUCUCAUCUCGAGAGAGGAGAAAUCAUCUAACUCAUCUCUGAAAGUUAACAACAUUUUGAGUUGGUGCUAGUUAUAAUAUUCACAAUGCCAAGAAUGGUUCACAAAAAUCAUAACAAGGAUAAUGGCAAUGAAGGUGCAUCAAAGGAAGAGGGUGGUGAGGGAAUGAAGAAAGGGCCUUGGACGCAAGCCGAAGAUGCCAUGUUAAGAGAGUAUGUGAUGAAGUAUGGUGAGGGGAAUUGGAACUCUGUGCAAAAGAAUUCAGGGUUGUCAAGGUGUGGGAAAAGUUGCAGGUUGAGAUGGGCCAAUCAUUUAAGACCUAAUCUGAAGAAGGGUGCAUUUUCUAAAGAGGAAGAACAAAUCAUCAUCCUCCUUCAUGCCAAGCUAGGAAGCAAAUGGGCUCAAAUGGCCGCACAGUUACCUGGGAGAACAGACAAUGAAAUAAAGAACUUUUGGAAUACCAGAAUGAAAAGGCGCCAAAGAGCUGGUUUACCUCUUUAUCCUCCAGAAGUAUUCCUACAAGAAGCUAAGAACACAUACUAUCUAGAACAACAAAAGCAUAAACAGAACUUUAGAUCACAACCUCACUCCCCAUCAUCCCUAUCAUUUUCUACAUUUUUAUCUUCCUCAUAUCCUCAAGAACUUAAUACACUAAGCCACUCCUCCACCACAAACCCCCAACAAAACGUGCCUAAUUCUUCUUCUUUAAUCAAUUCACACCCUCAGUUCAAGUCUCCCAAUGACAAAUUUGGAAUGGUUCUGCCACCAUCCACUGUUUCUUCACAUGGCUAUUCUUUCAACCAGUGUAAUUCCAUGGCAAGAUCUCAACAACAAGACUCACUUUCUUCGAGCCAAUCAGCACACGAUGGCUCCACCACCCCUACAUCAUCCCACAAUAGUGGUGUUUAUGGCUUGAUGGGAGCUUCAAGUGGUGUGGCUAAUGGCUACUAUGAAGAUGCUCAAGUGGUGGAGGCUCAAAGUCUUUCUCAUAAUGACAAGUUAAUGAGUGAGGAUUCAACUGCAGCAGGGAAAAAUUUAUCUUGUAAUAAGAGGAAAAGCAUGACUCAAGAGGAUGGCACAAUGCUGGUGGAGACAACUAUGGAAAAUAGUGGUAACUUCACUAAUAAGAAACAGAGGAAUGAUGUGAGCUCUUCUCAAUUUUUAACAGGGAAGAAGCUAAUUUAUGAAGAUUCAAUGGAGGAAUUGAAUUCCAUGGAUGAUGACUUAUUCAGCCUUCUCAACAAUUUCCCAUCAGAAGUGCCUGUGCCUGGAUGGUACCGCAAUGGAGAAAGACAGUCAUUAGGACUUGAAACUCAACAAGAUGCUUCAUCUUCUAGCCCCACAGGUCAAGAAUUUGCUUGGACUCUAGGAAAUUUCUGGAGCAAUGUGCCUAACAUAUGCUGAAUCUAGUGAAAUAUAUGUAUUAACUUUUAAAGGACAAAGAGAGAAAGUAGAGAUUAAUAUAAGCCCAUAUUGUAUGAAAGAAUGUAAAGGGCUAGAGCUCAUGUCAAAACUAGGAUGCCAUGAGAGUGUGUGGAUUUGUGAGGUGAGAUAUAUAGGUUUGGAGUCUAGAGGUUAUUUUAGCUGGCUAAGGUUUUCAAAGCAUUCAAACCAUUUCCCACCCCCUCAAAAGAACAAGGUGUGGUGUCGGAGUUAGAGACUUCCAUUUAUAAUUUUAGGAUUUCUGCAGGUACGAAUUAUACCAUAUAUACAAAGAGUUAAAGUGGAACUCCUUGAAUAUCUGUGUAUAGUACAUACAUUUCGUGAUUUUUAAACUCUCCAAAAGUACCUCUGCCUAUGAGCAUCUCCAUCUACAAUGCAUGGUU